AUGCAUCAAUAUUACACUAUUGCCUGCAAGUUCCACGUAUUCUCAGGCCGCUCAACACAUCCACGUAAAGUCCUCCGACUCCAAGCCUUGUCCGCCAACGACGUUGUUCUGACAGCGCGUUCCGAGUUUUUUGCCGAACUAUUGUCCAGAACGGGAUCACCUCAGGACGCGACGUUUGUCGACUUCGGAGAUGGUUCAGAAUUCGAAGAUGGGAUAACACUUGAUGACUACGGAUACGGAUCUGACAGCGAUCUUGAAGAUGAAGAAGAGGUCAAAGCUAAUCCUACGCCUCCCAGCGAUGUGACUACCGUCCUUAAAGGAAACAUAAGUGAAUCAGACGACGACUUACUGGUUGUGGCAGACACUAUGUGCGAAAGCGCUGCCUUGGCUGGCCCACCACAAGCAGAACCGCUUAUCGUCCCUACUCCAAUUCAAUAUAAACCACAAGUUUUCAACUACCGGAAGAUACUCAUGCGAGACACGGCAUUCAGGACAUUGAAAGCGCUCUUGCUGUAUCUGUAUACGGACGAUAUCUCCUUCUCCCCACUCAAGUCGCAGGGACCGCCCAAAACUGAUGCGGAGACCCCAAACCCUAGCGCUUCGUGGCCUUGCUCACCGAAGUCGAUGUAUCGUUUAGCCUCCAAGGUUCGACUCGACAGCCUUCGCGACCAAGCUUUCUGUGCAAUACGAAGUAGUUUGGAUGCGGGAAAUAUUCUCCAAGAACUUUCUUCAUCAUUUACAUCCAAGUAUCCCGCAAUCCUGCAAAUGAAUGUAGAAGUUCUACUCCAGCAUAUCGUGUCUGUUCCUGUCAUCCAGAAUAUCCCUUCACUGCUCAAGAGGAUCACCGACUCACAAUUGCCCCAUGGAACGGAUAUUAUCAUUAAUUUGUACCAGAAAUUUCUGCUGCAGUACCACCCUCGGGCGCUUGCACUUGCGAAUGCACCGAUUGGGAGCACAUCGCCUCCUCAGAGGACUGAUAGUGUCUUGAAUGCACCGGUUGGGAGCACACCGCCUCCUCAGAGGACUAAUAGUGCCUUGAAAGCCAAGAUAGAUUUUAGAAGAAAAUAUUAUUGAUUGCAUUGUAUGUAUUGUGUCUAUGAACAUCGCUGUCGAUCUUGCUGUCGCAAUAGAUUGAUUUAUGGAGAAUAAUGAUUGUACGUACAUCCAGCCAGUUAAACACAAGAAGGAUCGCCUUCCUGAAAGAUCGUUACCAUUGAUGGACUCAUUGUCUGAGUGAGCCUGCUCGAUCGCAUCCGAUUGUAUACUGGUGAC